CUUUGAGAGCGUACACUGAAAAGAGAGACAGAGCUGAUUGGCCAAAGGCGCGUCACUGGAUCGAGAAGAAAUCUGAAAUCUCUAUUGGAACGCUGUUGAAAAUCGUUUGAAAAUUAAAAAAAAAAAAAAAGUUUUCGACACUUUUGUACCGGAGGCCCCGCAGAGGACACCAUGAAAAUAAUCAUAUUCGGGACUUUGGUCGCUGGUGUUUUGGCCGGUUACGAGGAGGAACAUUCGACUUAUCAUGAAACAUCGAAACCGGUUCAUGUACCGAUCUACAAGAAAUACGCCAUACCGAUCCCUCAUCCGGUCCCGGUCCCUGUGCCUCAACACAUCAAAGUGCCCAUUCCUCAACCUUACCAAGUCCAAGUUGCCAUUCCGCAUCCUGUGCCGGUCGAAGUCGUCAAGCACGUCGAAAUCCCAGUGGAAAAACCUGAGCCCUAUGUCGUUGAGAAAAAGGUUCCGUACGUCGUUGAGAAGCCUUACGCCGUCACAGUGGAGAAACACUUCCCCGUGCCCAUACCCAAACCGUACCCAGUCCACGUGCCCGUCUACAAACACGUGUACCAUCACUCAAGCAAAGGUCACGGUUGGAAGCGUUGAGAAACUCUGGACGAAGAUCCUUCGGGGUUGGGAGACGAUGAAAAUUUUGACGUUGUUUGUACAUAGUUUCCUGCUUUUUUCUCAUUUUCAAUAAAUAUUUUCU